CGAAGAAAACUACACAUGACCAAAAAGUACCAAAAAGUACCAUGAAAAAUAUCCAAAUCCAUCCCUUUAUAAGUACAACUCAAUGUAGGCCAAAAACAAGAAAAGGAAAAAAAAAUUAUACAGCCCAAUGGGAGUAAAAAUGUCAAAACAAAGACCAAAAAAAAAAAAAAAAAAGGUAAAAAGAAAAAAGUAUACACAAUGGGGGUAAAAAUGUCAAAACUCGAAAAAAAAAUACAAAAGUUCAACUCAGGAAACGAGUCGCGUCUGGGUUUGGGUUGGUACUCGGACUGAACUGGUCGAACCAAAUCGGACCAUCCCCAACUCAAACCCUCCCUCAGACUGAUCAAGAGAGAGAAAAAAAGAGAAGAGAGAGAACAAGGGAGGGAGGAGAGAGAGGACUUCGGUUUCAAUACCAUCCCACAAAAAGCUCUACCUGCAAACAAUGAGAGAGUGGAAUUGAGGGGCACGCAUAACAGUUGAAGAGUUGGCACUGUCUGAAAAUGAAUCUUCAGAUUGCCACUCAUACAGGUUGGUACUUGGUGCAGCCUUCUUCCGCUUUUGCCUCAUUAGGGAUAACCAUGAGGACCUGUUUAUAGUUUGCCUAGAAACUACAUGUGUGGAUAAUUACUCACUCAACAAGAAUGGAUGUUGGGGAAAAUUGCGGAGGAGCAAAUGUUGAACCUAAUAGUGUUGAGAGAGUUGAGAGAGAGAUACUUAGUCAGGAUGACGAUGGGAGUGCAAAACCACGAGUUGGUAUGGAGUUUGAAUCUGAAGAAGCUGCCAAGACUUUUUAUGAUGCAUAUGCCAGGCGUGUAGGUUUUAGCACCCAUGUUGGUCAGUACAGCCGUACUACCCCCGAUGGGCCGAUUGUUAAUUGGGAAUUUUCAUGUUCCAGAGAGGUUUUUAAGAGGAAGAAUUUUGAGAGUUGCAACGCUAUGCUUAGGAUAGAGAGAAAAGAUCCUGAUAGCUGGGUUGUCACAAAAUUUGCGGAGGAUCAUAAUCACUCCACAGUCAGUCCCAGCAAGGUACAUUACCUUCGACCCCGCAGGCAUUUUGCUGCUUCUACAAAGAAUAUGCCUGAAACAAAUGACGGCCUAAGUGAUGUCUUUGUCUCCAUGGAUGGAAAUCAUGUAUCUUAUGAUCCUAAUCGUGGAGUUAGGAAUGCUUCCCCUGUAGAAACAAAUUAUCCUGCGAGGAGUAUUGGGCCUGUAAAUUAUGGACCCUUCAGUAGCUGUAGCCGAAAGAGAACCCUAGGAAGAGAUGCUCAGAAUCUCCUCAACUAUUUCAAGAAGAUGCAGGCUGAAAACCCUGGUUUCUAUUAUGCCAUACAACUUGAUGAUGAUAAUCGCAUGAGUAAUGUUUUCUGGGCUGAUGCAAGAGCUAGGACGGCUUAUAGUCACUUUGGCGAUGCAGUAAUUUUUGAUACAAUGUACAGACCGAAUCAGUUUCAGGUUCCAUUUGCUCCCUUCACUGGUGUAAAUCAUCAUGGUCAAAUGGUCUUGUUCGGCUGCGCAUUACUUUUAGAUGAGUCCGAGUCUUCCUUUACUUGGUUAUUUAAUACAUGGCUAUCUGCAAUGAAUGAUCAUCCUCCCGUUUCUAUAACCACUGACCAAGAUAGGGCCAUUCAGGCAGCAGUUACUCGGGUGUUUCCAGGAACUCGCCACUGCAUUUGCAAGUGGCAUAUAUUGAGAGAAGGGCAGGAAAGGUUGGCUCAUAUAUAUCUUGCUCAUCCUUCCUUCUAUGGAGAGUUGUAUAGCUGCAUCAAUUUUUCUGAGACCAUUGAGGAUUUUGAAUCAUCAUGGGCUUCUCUCCUUGAUAGAUUUGAUCUCCAGAAAAAUGAAUGGCUUCAAGCUGUGUACAAUGCACGCGAGCAAUGGGCCCCGGUAUAUUUUCGAGAUACUUUCUUUGCUGCACUUUCAUCAAACCAAGGAGUUAGUUCCUUCUUUGAUGGAUAUGUGAAUCAGCAGACCACCAUACCAUUGUUCUUUAAGCAGUAUGAAAGGGCUCUAGAAAAUUCGUUGGAAAGGGAAAUAGAAGCAGAUUAUGAUACAAUUUGCACCACCCCAGUACUUAAGACACCAUCGCCAAUGGAACAACAGGCGGCAAACCUUUACACGAAAAAAGUUUUUGCUAAGUUUCAGGAGGAAUUAGUUGAAACUUUUGUAUAUACUGCAAAUAAGAUUGAUGGUGACGGGGUGGUCAGCAAAUUCAGGGUUGCAAAAUAUGAACAUGAUCACAAGGCAUACAUAGUCAUAUUGAAUGUUUCCGAGUUCAAAGCAAAUUGCAGCUGUCACAUGUUUGAGUACUCGGGCAUUCUCUGUAGACACAUAUUGACUGUCUUCACCGUAACAAAUGUUCUCACCCUUCCAUCCCAUUACAUAUUGAAGAGAUGGACACGGAAUGCUAGAGUUGGUCUCGGAUCAGAUGACCAAGAUGCAGAUCCACAAGGCAUUGAGUCUCUUACCUUACGCUUCAACAACCUAUGUCGAGAAGCCAUUAAAUAUGCUGAGGAAGGGUCAAUUGCUGCAGAAACCUAUAAUGCAGCGAUGAAUGCUUUAAGAGAAGGAGCAAACAAAAUUGCUGUUGUAAAGAAAAAUGUAGCUAAAGUUAUGCCUCCUACUUCUCAGGGUAGUGGAAACACUCAGGAAGACAGUAACAAGAAGAUCCCUAUUUCAAGUUCUGAUAUGAAUACACCAUUGUGGCCCUGGCAUGAGGCAAUGCCACAUCGCUUUAAUCUUAAUGACAUUGGAGUUCCAGUUGCUGAUUUGAAUCAGCCUAGCAUGGCUCCUGUGUCUAUUAACCGUGAUGGCACCCCUACAGAUGGCACGGUGGUUCUCACUUGUUUUAAGUCCAUGACUUGGGUCAUAGAAAGUAAGAGUUCAACGCCAACCUGUAAAGUAGCUGUCAUUAACCUGAAGUUGCAAGAUUAUGGCACGACUCCUUCAGGAGAAAAUGAAGUGCAAUUUAGAGUUACAAAGGUCACACUAGAGCCUAUGUUGAAAUCGAUGUCUUACAUCAGUCAGCAGCUCUCGUCACCGGCUAAUAGGGUGGCUGUCAUUAAUCUGAAGCUCCAAGACACUAAGACAACUACUGGAGAAACGGAGGUGAAGUUUCAAGUUUCAAGAGAUACACUGGGGUCCAUGUUGAGAUCAAUGGCCUACAUUCGGGAACAACUCUGAAAUUCUCACAGAAUACAUGUCCUGAUGGAAAAUUCUACGCAAAAGCUCCCACGUGGAAAAUUUUAAUUUGUAGCAGGGAAACACCCAAAUCAGAGCUGUCUCAACUGGAUGAGCUGUAGGCACAGAUCACUGAAGGUGAGUGUGCAUCUUAAUCUGUCACUAGUGUACCAUGUUGAUGAUCCAUUGUCACAAUUUGGUUUAGUUGUAGUUAGUAAUUGUCAUUACUGUUUCUAGUUUUGUCUCUAGAUAGGUGACCUGUCCUUCCAUGUAAACAUGUGGUGGAAACUUGUCUGUAGUUUGUACAUGUAAGUCUUAAAAACUGAGAAAUUUAUCCAAGGAGCAUCAUCAAUAUCUUUAUUUCAGCCUAGGCAAAUGGUUGGGUUUUAUUUGUCCAAGGAGAGUUGCGGAUAUUUGUAUUUGAUCUUAGGGAUGAUGUAGAUUUUCUUUAAUUGAUUAUGAUUACACAAGUUACUUGAUCUCA